AUGGACCACCUAGAAAGAACGUUAAGUGGAAAUCCGCCUUCAAGGAUACACAACUACGACGAGACGAACUUAACAGACGACCCGGGAAAUAAAAAAGUUAUUACAAAAAGAAGUUCGAAAUAUGUAGAAAAUAUUUGUAAUUCAAGUAAAAGCGCCUUUUCACUGAUGUUAUGUGGCAAUGCGGAGGGCCACGUCAUUCCCAUUUAUGUGGUUUAUAAAGUGGAAUCACUGUGGACUACGUGGACAGAGGGUGGUCCACCUCGAACCCGGUACAACAGAACCAAAAGUGGUUGGUUCAACUCCGUCACCUUUGAAAACUGGUUCGAGAGUGUUUUCUUGAAGGAAGUAGAAGGUGGCGGACCUUCAGCGUUGAUAGGUGAUAAUUUGGCCUCUCACAUCAACGAACGCGUGUUGAGGUUAUGUGAUGCACACAGUAUUAAAUUCAUAUGUUUACCUCCGAACACUACACAUAUUUCUCAACCACUGGACAUAGCUUUUUUUUGGCCAAUGAAGGGUGCUUGGAGGGAACUGUUGAGAGAGUGGAAAAAAACCAAACAUGGUUCUUGCUUCUCAACAUUACCCAAAGACGUGUUCCCAAGGCUUCUCGCCAAGUUAAUGGACAAACUGGAAUUAAAAAAAACACAAAACUUGCAAUCGGGAUUUGCAAAAGCUGGUAUCUACCCUACGAACAGGCAAAAGUUUCUAGAUCGAUUAGCGGAAAAUAAAAAUUGUACACUGGACGAAGAUUUGGUCGGACAGGCGUUCUUAGAUCGUCUUCAAAAAGAACGUCAAGAUUUCAUAGGUGGACCUGGCAAGCCACGAAAAAAAAAACUACAAGUUUUACCAGGAGAUAGUAUUUCUUAUGAAGACCUCCAACAGGCACGUGUUGAUACCGGACCUGUGGCAAAAAAUAAAAAACGUAAAGUUGUGUCCUCUUCCUCCAGCGAUGAAUCCGAUAUUAUGGAUUUUGUCGAUGAGUCAGAUAGUGGCAGUGAAGAGGACAGUGAUGAAAACGUAGAUAAAGUCGGUGAACUUGAAGGCGAUGAUUUUGUAAUAGUAAUGUUUGAGAACAACAAGUUUCCGGGUCGUAUAACUGCGAUAAGAGAAAAAGGCGCAGAAGUAGAUGGCAUGGAAAAGAGGUCAAAAAGCUGGCGGUAG